CCCUGCAGCCUGAUUCCACCUACUCGUGUACCCUCAAGUGACGCACUACUUUGAUCACAGAUCACUUCGUCUCAUUAACCAAUGACUGGAAGAGCCCUCCAGGUGCUUGUCAUCGGGAAAGGUGCCCGAGAGCAUGCCUUGGCCUGGCAGCUGAGUCGAGCCAGAUCAGUCAAACAUGUUUUCGUAUUCCCUGGCAAUGCUGGCACACAUGAGGUUGCAGCCAGCAACGGCACAGCCGGGAUUUCCGCCUUUGAAGGCGCCAGCAGCUCGGAAUAUCACGAUUUGGCGAAGCGUGCCAAGGACAUCGGUAUAGGUUUGGUAGUUGUUGGUCCUGAUGACGACGUGGUGAAUGGCAUCGAAGAAUCCUUUCGCAAAGUUGGCGUGUCUUGCUUCGCACCUUCGCGCGAGGCCGCAGAACUUGAAGGCUCCAAAGUCUUUGCGAAGGAGUUCAUGAAUAAGUUUGGCAUUCCGACUGCCCACCACGGGAGUUUUGACAACCUCGAGGCUGCUAGUGCAUACGUGCGCCAUGUUUUCACCGACAAAGACCACCGUAUCGUCAUCAAAGCAGACGGCCUCGCCGCAGGGAAGGGCGUAGUUCUCCCUGAAACACCAGAAGAAGCACUGGAAGAUCUUCGCAGCAUCAUGAGCGACGGCAAAUUUUCUACAGCAGGCUCCUCAGUGGUAAUCGAAGAGUACAUGGACGGGUACGAGAUUAGCAUCUUGACCUUUAGCGACGGCAAGACCUUCUUUUCUCUUCCACCUGGGCAAGACCACAAGCGCAUUUUAGAGGGAAACAAGGGACCCAACACUGGAGGCAUGGGGGUUUACUCACCUGUGCCCAUGGUGACCCCGGAUGUCUUACAGAAGAUUGAUGAAGUCAUCUUGAAACCUACAUUCGAUGCUCUUGCAAAAGAAGGCCGUCCUUUCUGUGGCCUGCUGUUCACUGGAGUCAUGGUCACCAAAUCGGGUCCUAAAGUCAUCGAGUACAACGUUCGCUUCGGCGACCCGGAAACUCAAAGCUCGAUGCUUCUUGUUCACGAAGACACCGACCUCGCGAGUGUCAUGCUGUCAUGUACAAAUGGGACACUCGCACAAGUGAAAAACAGCAUCAGAAUUAAGUCAGGUUUUGCAUGCAAUGUUGUUAUUGCAUCCGGCGGAUACCCAGGGGACUACAAAACUGGAAAGGUUGCUACAUUGAGUUCUCCACCUGAGGGAGUGGUUAUCUUUCAUGCUGGGACCCGUAAGGAGGACCGUUUGUUGAAGACCGCGGGAGGGCGUGUCUUUUCGGUUGCUGCUUACGGUGAUACCCUUGAAGAGGCACGUCGCAAAGCAUAUAUGGGUGUCGACUGCGUGUCAUUCGAGGACAUGGUGUACAGGAAGGAUAUUGCUCUGGGGGGUCUAGCCAAAUGAGGAGCAGUGCCACCACGCUGUAUCCUGAAUCAGUUCAAGGAUGUAAGAGCUGAGGUAUAGCUUAGUUACACUUGUUAUUCCUAUACAACCAAGUCCAGGAUGCUGUGUCUACAGAUACUUAGGCAUACCAUUCUUGACUCGUGGCGGCGAGUCUGUUCCAACUUGAUAGCAACGAUCACCCCAGACAGUCGGUCGUGCCUUUUCAGAGUUUGUAGUUCCACUGUACGAAAGGCUUUGGUCAGUAACGCAGUCCGCGAUGUGAUUGAGAAACCAGGAGACUUACUUGAUGCGAUCCCAUUCUUCCCAUGCACACUCGACAUCGAAGCAUCUCGCUACCAGUACCAUGGCCAGCUUUAUCUCGACGGUGGCAAGAUGUUGCCCAAUGCAAACCCGUGGCCCGGCCUCGAAUGAACGCCAGCCGUUGGGUGGGGGGUACAAGGGAUCCUCCGGAUCAGUGACAAGAAAACGUUCUGGAAGAAACUCCCAGGCUCUAUGCCAGAUCUCAGGGUCACGAUGAAUUGCAUAUGACCCAUCCCAAACAAUGAAGUCCUCAGUUGGCAGCUUCUUCCCUUCAAAUCCAGGAUCGGUGCCCGGAGGACCCACGAGGAAGAACCCGGGCUCGCCACGACGCAUUGAGCCGACGUUGGUAUGAUAACGCAUAGAUUCACGAAGGACAGCUAGUGUGUAAGGGAGCUGGUUUAGCAACUGUGGGUUCUCCCUUAUCACAUCUGCAGCACCCCAGGCAUUCGAGCCAAGGACUGCAUCAUGCUCCUCUCGCAAUUUGGCCAAAACCUCUGGAUAUUCGCUGAGCAGGCGGAAAAGCCAAGCAAUAGUUGCCGCAGUGAUAUCAAAACCUGCAAAGAGGAAAGUAUUGAUCUGCCCAAUGGCCAUCUCCAGGAAGUCAGCGUCAAGCUCCAUGUUCGAUUGGUCCUUGCUGUCCUGUCCCGCUCCUUUCUGUUCAGCUCUCUCGGCAUCGAGAGCCUGUACGAUUAGAUCGACUAGUGUCUUUCCCUUCGCUGUGCGAUCCUGCUGAAGCUUGUUCAUGCGCUCUUGAAGGGCAGGAGUGAAGCUUUUGACAAGAGUUCUGUAGUCCUGCCAGAGUUUGAAAUGGCGCCACGGAUUGUAGUAUUGGAUGAAGUUGGCAGGAUUGACGAAGAAGUACAGCCUAGAAAUGCUGUCAAGAAGGGCGGCGCAAACAGGACUUGACGUCGGCAAAUCUUUCGACAUAGUGGAACUUACAGAAAGAGGCGAAUGAUAACAUCGAGAGUGAGAUUGGCAGUGGCAUCUCCAAGUGGGAAGACCUCGCCCCAUUCUCCGUCUUUGCCUGCUUUGCUCUUGAGAACAUUGGCAAAGUCCUCCACCUCUUCAAGAAUGUCUGGUAAACGACUAUUGAUAUUUUGAAUACUGAAAGCUGGGCUCAGUCUUUUACGCCAGACCUUCCACUCCGCACCUUCCAUGGAGGCCAAAUCGCGGUUCUUUGUGAGGGGAUAAAGAACAUGCUUUUGUUCAUAAGCCUUGGGUAAUGAGUGUUCUUGUGUGAAUUGAGCCGAAACAUUUGCGUUGAGAGAGAUAACCAUCGGGGUCGUGAAGGGCCACGUAUCGAUGUAAGCAACAGGUGGGCAUUUUGUGCAUUGAGGGAAGAGUUCUCGCCAGUUCUCUUGAAUCUUCAGCAUCAAGUAAUCGCCGUGAGCAUCAGGUGGAAGUGUUGAGACGAGUUUCCCAAUAACUUCAAGGUGGCCGAGAAUCAUAGAAUGUUUCAUAAUGGGCUACCCCUUGCAUCAGAAACCGAAGUUAUGUGGUGAUGACAGGAAUACAUACAAUGCCCUGAUCCUUGAGAGCCUGGAACUUCUUGCGAACUUGAUAACCUUUUCUGAAGGCGUGGACGAGUAACGCAACCAGUAUCACGCCUGAGAAGCGGACGAAGCGCGUGAGGAGCGAGGAGCCGUCAUCCUGAAGCCCAAGAAGCCACAUCUUGGCCAAUGGUGUCUGUUACACUUACAAGUCCUGGGGCUUGAGGAUUGUGGAUGCUCGGGAAAUGUUGAGAAAGCCAGGUUGCAUCGUCAUCAGGGGAAAGAUAUCUUUCCUGCUGUCAGACAGCCACAAAAACGAGAUCCUGGUUGAAAUUGGCCAAUCAGCUGUUCAAUGAUAAGCUGAACUGCCCCGCUAUCACUAAUUGCCGUGUACCUUAAAUUGAUGAUCAGUCAGCGGUUAUUGCAGAUACUUUUGCCUUCCAAGUAGUUAAUGCAUUUCAACAGUAUUGACACUAUAGCAUUCACAAGGUUUGA